CUGAAAAUGACUUUGAAUUCUUCGUUCAGAUUCUUCUAGCUUGGCAGUUGCUAUGGCCACACCACAAAUGAUGGCUCCCAUUUGUCUGGUGGAGAACCACAAGGACGAGCUGUCUGUGAACCAAACAGCCAUAGAGAUUCUGGACAACAUUUCCCAGCCAGUGGUAGUUGUGGCUAUUGUUGGAUUGUACCGUACAGGGAAGUCCUACCUGAUGAACCGUCUGGCAGGACAGAAUCACGGCUUCCCUCUUGGCUCCACUGUGCAGUCUGAAACCAAGGGUAUCUGGAUGUGGUGUGUGCCCCAUCCCACCAAGCCAGGGCACACCCUGGUCCUCCUGGACACUGAGGGCCUGGGCGAUGUGGAAAAGGGAGACCCUAAGAAUGACUCAUGGAUCUUUGCCCUGGCUGUGCUUCUGAGCAGCACCUUUGUCUACAACAGCAUGAAGGUCAUCGACAACCUGACCCUGCAGCAGCUGCAUUACGUCACAGAACUCACUGAGCUGAUCAGGGCAAAGUCUUCCCCAAAUCCUGAUGGAAUAGAGAAUUCCACAGAGUUUGUGAGUUUUUUCCCAGACUUCGUCUGGGCUGUUCGGGAUUUUACCCUGGAGCUGAAGUUAGAUGGAGAGGGCGCCAUGGAGGACAAGUACCUGGAGAACUCACUGAAGCUGAUCCCAGGUGACACUCCUGGAAUCCAAGCAACCAAUCUGCUCAGGGAGUGCAUCAGAUGUUUCUUCCCUAAACGGAAGUGUUUUGCCUUUGACCAACCAACAUAUGACAAAGCACUCUUAGCCAAGCUUGAUACUAUCUCAGAAGAACAACUGAAUCCUUUGUUCCUGGAAUGAAUGAGGGCUUUUGUGUCUCACAUCUUCACCCAUGGAAAGAUCAAGACUCUCAGAGAGGGAAUUAAGGUCACUGGGAAUCGACUGGGGACUCUGGUGACGACCUACGUGGAUGCCAUCAACAGUGGAGCUGUGCCUUGUCUGGAUGAUGCGGUGACAACUCUGGCCCAGCGUGAGAACUCAGCAGCUGUGCAGAAGGCAGCUGACCACUACAGUGAGCAGAUGGCCCAGCGCCUGAGGCUCCCCACAAACACGCUCCAGGAGCUGCUGGAUGUACACACAGCCUGUGAGAAGGAAGCCAUUGCUGUCUUCAUGGAGCACUCCUUCAAGGACGAAAACCAGCAAUUCCAGAAGAAGCUGCUGGAAUUAAUAGAUGAGAAGAAAAGGAUGUUCAUGUUGAAGAAUGAAGAAGCAUCAGAUCAAUACUGCCAAGAAGAACUCAAUCGGCUUUCAAAGGCUUUUAUGGAAAAUAUUCCAACAUUUUCUGUUCCUGGAGGACACAAGCUCUACAUGGAAAUGAGGGAGAAGAUUGAGCAUGACUAUUUACAGGUGCCCUGGAAAGGGGUGAAGGCAAGUGAAGUCUUCCAGAGCUUUCUGCAGUCACAAGCCACCAUUGAGAGUUCCAUCCUGCAGACAGAUACAGCCCUAACUGCUGGAGAGAAGGCCGUUGCAGAGGAGCGGGCACAGAAGGAGGCAGCUGAGAAGGAACAGGAGCUGCUAAGACAGAAGCAGGAGGAACAGCAGUAGGUGAUGAAGGCUCAAGAGAGAAGUCACAAGGAAAACCUUGAGCAGCUGAGAACGAAGCUGAUCCAGGAGCAUGAACAGCUCAUCAAGGAAAAUAAAAUAAUGCUGGAGAAGGCAGUGCAGGUCCUGUAGCUGUCUGCAGAGUGCACAGCCUGCUUGAAGCAGAACAUGGCAGGAGAGUGAUUCUCUCAUUGUCCAACUACAAACAAAAUGGUAACAGCAUCAAAAGACUUUGUGUGAAGAAGGAUUUAUGAAGGAAUCUGAGAAAAUGAAAGGAGAGAUACAGCGACUGAGAUCUACUGUCAAUGACAUGAAAGAAAACAGUGGUGCCUUUGUAGAUCACCUUCUAAAAACAUUUGCUGCCCCUUUUUUACUGCCCGUGAUGGCUAUAAAAAGCAUUAUUUCAGCAUUUAAAUAGGGUUCACUCUUAUUUUGAUGAAGUGAUAGACCAUGAAUAUAUACUCUCCCGUUUUAUACUCUUCAUGUUUUCAUUUUCGUUCAGCAAAUUUCAGCAUUAAAAGUGCUAAUUAGAGGACAUAGAUGCCUGCCCCACAUUAGAUAGAACAUAUACAUGUCUGCACAGAAAAUACUUUCUUUCAGGGCACAAAUGUUUAACCAUUCCUAUAGAAGCUAUGUGAUUACUCAUUGUACAUUGUUACAAUGACUGUUGGUCAACUUGACUGGAUAGAAAAUCACCCAGGACACAAUCUCUUCUGCACCCUCUUCUGCACCCAUCUUGACUAGGUUAGCUUUUGGGGACUCAUCUCUAGUCACUAUGGUAGGAAACCCAUCCCAAAUGUGGGCACCACCAUUUCUGUGUCCUGCAGACACAGUUAAUAGGUGAAAGCAAGCUGGACACUAACAUGUACCACUUGUUACUUCCUGACUGGACGUCAUGUGAUCAGCCAGCCUCUGCUUCUUACUGCUUGCCUUCCCUGCCAUGUUAAGUGUACCAUCUGAAAGCAUGAACCGGAAUAAACCCUGUGUUUCUUAAGUUGCUUUUGUUGAACCGUUUUGUCACCUAGAAGAAAAGGCAUUGAUAUCAUUGGUGGUAAAUCUGGAAACUACUUAAGCAUCAUUGAGAAAGAUUGGUAACAAAUUGUAAGAUGUCCUGAUCCUUGAUUGCUGUAUAGUCAAGAAACAAGUGUCAGACAGGCUUCCUGUAUACUAAUGUAAGUUGAUCAUAAAGAUUUCUUAUUAAAUAAAGUGAAAACUCCA